CAGUAAAUAGAGAAAAUUCAAAAUGAUUGUUCUUUCAUUUUCUUGACAAGUUAUUUAAUAUACUAAAUAUAUUUUCUUUGCACAAAUUUUAGACAUUUUAAUAAAAUUAAAUCAGAUGUGUCAGUAGGAGAAAUGGCAUCUUACAAUAAUGGCUCAGAAGUUGCACUAAAAAUUGAUAGCAAUAAUGAUGAGAGUGGAUUGGAUUCUUCUGUUGGUGGAAUGAGUAGUGGAGAAGAGGAAGAGUUAAACAAGCUUCUUGUUGGUGGUUGUGAAUCACAAACUCAGUUAUGUACUGUUAAUAAUUAUGUUGAUGAAAUUGAACAAAGUGUAUUAUCUUCUGAAAGAAACAGUGACUCUAAUUAUGAAACUAACACCAUACUGACAAUAAAAUUUUGUCCUGAGUCUUCUGUUCAGAUGAUCUUAAUACAUGGCAUUGAAAAAAAAACUUUUGUUGGAAAGGAGUUUGAAAAGAAACAGAUUUAUAGCACUGAACAAGAAUCAAAAGCCUGCCAUAAACGCCAACAAUGCAAAGAAUCAGUAAUGCCUGAAAACAAAAUAAAGAAAACAAAGGCUCAAAUAAUUACCAAUGCUGAUAACAAACCAAAAGUUUCAUAAGGAAGUACAUUAUCAUAUAAUAAUCCUGAUAAUUACAAGACAGAUGUACCGGAUUUCAAACCGUCUUGUGAACCUGGAGCUUAUUUAGGUCUUCGCCUAGUACAAAAAAAUAUGGCAAGAGAAAAUUGAUUAUUUUUCCUUUUUCUUCACAGAAAUUAUAAAUGAUGUGUGUAGGCACACUAAUACUUAUGUGUGGCAGAAUAUUCAUUUUAAGAAAACAUAUGCUGAUAAAAGCAUAUGUUUUCUUAAAAUGGGGCAUGGCAAGAGACCAAUGUAUUUGAAAUGAAGAAAUUUAUAGCCUGCUUAAUAUAUCAAGGGCUAGUUAAAGUUUCGAUAUUGGAGUACAAAAUCUCUCUAUCAUGGGCAAGAGUCAUGAUAUCUAGAGAUCAUUUUGUAUCCCUAUUAGCAAUGCUGCAUAUUGUAGACCCAAACAGUGAAAUUGAUAAAACUGACAAGCUAAGAAAAGGACAGUUAUUGACAAAUUCAAAAUUAAAUGUCGAGAGUUGUCACCUAAUCAAAAUGUUGACGAACAUUGUCACCUAAUCAAAAUGUAGUUGUUGACGAACGUUUGGUCAAAUUAAAACAUUGUUUUGGAAUUCGUCAAUAUAUCAAAAACAAACCGGUUAAAUUUGGAAUCAAAAUUUGGGUCAUUGUAGAAUCGAAAUCAGGUUAUACUUGGGAUUUUAACAUUUAUACAGGGAAAAGUAGUAGUACAAGUGAUAAGAGCCAUCACGGCCUGGGCUAUGAUGUUGUUAUGGAAUUAACUAAGCCCCUGCUCAAUCAAGGAUAUCAUGUAUAUUUUGAUAAUUUUUAUACGUCAGUUUACUUAGUAAAAGCUUUAUACAAAGAAAAAACCUUAUCUUGUGGUACAGCAACAGAAAAACACAAAGGAUUUCCUGAGAGUAUGAAAAAUGGUAAAAUGUGUUCUAGAAAUAAGAACAAGAGAGACAUGCGUUGGUAACGCAACAAUGAAAUUUUGUCAUUGCAAUGGAUAGACAACAGGGUUGUAACUCCUAUUGAUGCUAUCUCCUAUUGAUUGUGCUAAUGAUUAUGUCAAAGUAAAGCGUAAAAAAAUGUUGGUGACAAGUGGAAUGAUAUCUUAAUCAAAAAACCGUUUGUAGUUCACUGCUACAAUUGUUUUAUGAAUGGUGUUGACCAAUCGGAUCAAAUUUUGGCCAAGUAUAAUCUAUUAAGGAAGUGUGUUAGAUGUUGGAAAACACUCUUUUAUCAUCUCAUAGACAUUGCAGUUGUAAAUAGUUUCAUUUUGUUCAAACAUGCAGAAUCAAAGGAAAGAUAGCAUGAAAGAAAACUUUUAUACCAUUUUAGACUUUCGAGAGGAACUCAUUCGAGAUUUGAUUAAGCUUGAAGAAUUUGCCAAUCCCCCACAACAUAAGCCAUAUUUAACCUAUGGAAAAUACCAUUCUGAGCAUCUACCAAAGUUUGGAAGCAAAAGACGAAACUGUAAAUUAUGCCACACUCAAUUAAAAUAAAAAUAAAAUAUUUUUUCCUACUGCGAUGCACCUCAGUGCAACAUCGCCUUACACUGCACUGCAGCAAAAAACUGUUUUGCAAUAUAGCAUAACUCAGAUUAUCAUAAAAAUAAUUAAUUUAAGUAUUUAUUUUUAAAGUAUAAUGGAAUUCUUAGUGUUUUCUGUAUUCUAUAUCAUUGUAGUAUUAUUUUUUCCCCUUUUUUCUGCUAAUAAACCACAAAAUAAUGAACCAUCUGCCACGCCAAUGCAAAUAAUAUUUUUAACAAAUUUAUUUUGGUAUUCUGAUUGCCCAUACAUUAGGCUCUAUUUCUUUAAUAUAUAGUUUUUUCAUAAGACUUGAUCAUAAACUUCUAGAUCAACUUUUGAAUAAAAAUACUUCUAAAAACCUCUAAAACUUUCUUUUUCUACCAUUAUUAAUUUUAACACUAUUAUGUAAAAAAAAAUUUUGAAUAGAUUUGUUUAUAAUUUUAUAAGCUUUUUAAUGAUGUAUAACAUAUACUUUGGGCUUACACUUUUAAAGAUAUUUAUGUUUUUGUAAGACUCCUUGAAAAGUUGCUAUUUUUCGGCCGUGCCGAAAGAGUUAA